CAGGCGGCUUUUUUCUCCCGUUCACCUCGCAUACGGUUCUUGAGGACAACCCCACCACAACUUGCAUUCAUAUUUCGGCGUCCGGUAUGGCAUGUCAAAUUAUGGCAUAAACAUCGUGCGACUGGUUCGACUUUUUUUUCUUUUCUAUUUUGCCAUGUUUACUAUGUACAUUUACUCUUGUUCUGCAUAUUUGCGCCUCGUGCGAUUGAUUAUUGGCGAUACCUCGAUUAGCCCUGUCUUUUUAUUUCCAUGUCAUCUCUCUGCUCUGUCCCAUUUCAUCACCAUCCUCAUUUUUCUUGUCUGCGACUGGAAGGUAGAGUGCGAAAAGAACAUCCUUGUCUCGGCCUGGGGAGUCAUAGGGAUAGAAAAUAUAGGUAUUCUAGAAUACAACAUUGGCAGUUUUACCCUCUUCACUUCUCGCUAUUGUUCCAAACUGUUAUGGGUGUAUAGCGCUCGCUUCACUGAUGGGUCUCUAUGGGUUAUGUUUGGCGAAGUAUUUCCAUUAUCUCCUCUCGGAGUAUUACAAAGUCGUACAAACUAACUGAAAAAAGUGAAUGAAAUACAGAUGGGUACACAGACACGCUAUGCAAAAACAGGAAAUAGAGGAUGAUAACAAGCACAAAACUCCAGACACAAGAUGUCA